GAGCCGAUGAGGGACAUAAGAGAACGCUGAUCACAAGGGAGGAGCACAGAGGGAAUCCUCUUAACCAGGUAAUCUCUGUACCCAUCUGCUGUCACAGUCGUACACCACACAUAGCCUCCACCAAUAUGCCAUUUCCCAGCUACUCUCGGUCAACCAGCACAAGUUAAGACCAUGCUGCUGUCUCCCCUGGCAGAGAGGAAUUGGGAGGAUCUGUGUUUGGUGGUUGACGAUGCGCUGGAUGACCAGUCCCACAGGCAGCUGUUCGCCUUAGAGUUGGGUUCUGGAACUGGGCAGCAUGUCAUACGCUUUGCCCAGAAGAUGCCCUUUGUAACCUGGCUGCCAUCAGACAUCAAAGAAGAGUCUCGGGACAGUAUUAAGGCAUACAUUGCUGCAACCCAUGUAAAGAAUGUGCUGCAGCCCGUCCACCUGGAUGCCAGCGAGCCGUGGGAGAAAUGGGCAGGCCUUCCAAGCAACUCCUGUGAUGUCAUUGUUGCCAUCAACUUACUGCAAUACAGCUCCUUCAAAACAGCACAGGGUGUUUUCAAUGGAGCAGGCCAGAUCCUCCGACAAAAUGCUAUUUUGAUCACAUAUGGGGUGUAUGCUAUUAAUGGCACCAUUACACCAAGUUGUAACGAACACCUGGAUGCAGAGAUCCGACAAAUGAAUCCAGAGUGGGGUCUUCCAGAUAUCGAUGUGCUGAGACAGCUGGCCUAUGGGCAAGGGAUGCGUAUGGAGAGGAUGAUUGAGAUGGAAGAAUACUACAAAUGCCUCAUCUUCAGAAAAUUAUAAAGAACCUUUUCUGUCUGCACAAGUUAUAUGUUAAAGAACAUUCUUAUCAUGCGACUCAUCAAUGUAAUGCGAUGGCCUUCAGCCCUCUUA